UUACUACACGAAGUAAUCGCUAGACAGCAGCCAUCUUGAAUUAUCGUUCGUCUUGUUGUGAAGUGCUAAACAAAAUUAAUUUAUCAUUUAACAAAACAAUGCCAACCUAUCAAGUGUCUGUAAAAUGGGGAAAAGAGAAGUUUGAAAACUUGGAGGUAAACACAGAUGAGCUACCAGAGUUGUUUAAAGCUCAGCUGUUUGCAUUAACGAACGUCACCCCGGAGAGACAGAAGAUAAUGUUGAAGGGUAGUGUUCUCAAGGAUGAUGGAUGGAGUAACAUGAAGCUUAAAAAUGGAUGUAUGAUGAUGAUGGGUACUGUAGGUGAGCUGCCACAGGCCCCAAAGAAAGUAAUGUUCAGGAAGACAUGUCGGACUCCCAGCCAGCAUACUUUGAAGCUACCCACGGGUCUUACAAAUCUUGGAAACACUUGUUAUAUGAAUGCAACUGUCCAAUGUUUGUGUACUGUUUCUGAAUUGAAUGAGGGAUUGCAAAAAUUCAAUGGUACUACAAACUUUGCUUCACAGCUUAAUUCUACAGAGCAAACUGUUUUUGUCCGGCCUCAGAGAUACAUUUCAAAAAUCAAUGAGAAUUCCGACAGCUUCCCUCCGUUCUUUUAGUUCAGGCGUUACAUCUGGCAUUUCCACAUUUUGCUGAGAAAAAUGAUCAAGGCUCCAAUGCAACAGGAUGCGAACGAAUGUUGGACCCAGUUUGUCCGUAUUCUGCAGCAAAAACUUCCGGCCGUGAGGUCUGGGGACGAAAAUAAAGAGAUGACAAACGGCGAGGCUUCAUCGAGGCAGUCGUCAUUAAUCGACCAAUAUUUUGGUAUUCAGUUUCAAAGCACCUUAAAAUGUACUGAAGCGCCCGAUGAACCGGAAUCUGUAUCCACCGAGACCUUAUAUCAACUCAGCUGUUUUAUCGAUAAAGAUGUAAAGUAUCUCUAUACAGGAUUAAAAAAUCGUCUAACAGAAACUAUUCAUAAAAAUUCAACGAGCCUUGGCCGAAAUGCGGAGUAUUUAAAAACUUCUCUUUUAAAGCGUCUGCCUGCAUACCUUUCAAUACAAUUUGUUCGUUUUUAUUACAAAGAAAAAGAGAAGGUUAACGCAAAAAUUUUAAAGGAUGUGAAAUUUCCAUUAACAUUGGAUUUGUUGGAACUAUGUACACCAGAACUCCAAAAAAGAUUGUUACCAAUUCGUGAGAAAUUCAAGGAGAUGGAUGACAAAAAACUCGAGGAGGAAAAGAAAGCUAAGCUUGAGGGAAAGAAAUCUGGUGUUAAUAAAAUGGAUGUCGAUUCUGACGUAAAGGAAUACCAACCAUACUCUUUUUCUGAUGACACUGGCUCUAAUAACAGUGGUUUUUACCAGUUGCAAGCUGUUCUGACUCAUCAAGGACGAUCAUCGUCAUCUGGUCAUUAUGUGGCAUGGAUCAAAGGGAGUAACAACUCUUGGAUUAAGUGCGACGACGAUAAAAUAACGCACAUUACUGAAGAAGAUGUUUUGAAAUUAUCCGGGGGAGGUGACUGGCAUUGUGCAUAUGUGUUGCUAUACGGGCCGAGAAGACUAGAAAUCAUUAAAGAAUCUUCGUGAUCACGUGAUCUUAAGAAGAAGUGGAUUUUGUACCUUUAAAGAAUGCGGCAUUGUGCCAAUAUGUCUAUGGGUUGAUAUCAUCUUAAAAUCUCCUGUUGAGUAAUUUGUCUCAAAUCAACACUGCAGUAUUUUCUUCAGUGUCAUCGAGACAGUUAAGUUUAUACGCUAGCCAAUUGACAAUUGUCAAAAAAAGAUUUUUAUUUUAAAAAUUUGAUUAUUUGUACAUGGAGAAA